AUGCAUUUAGCCGUUCUGUACUUUGAAGGUGCUUUCGACUCUCCUCAUCGAGGUCGUCGUCUCAAAGCGCUCCAUGCCGAUGGAAUACCAGGAAUGCUCGUUAGCCUGCUUGAUAACAUGAAUCAACGAACAAGUGCUAUAGUUCGACUAUUAGCCGGAUGCGAGACGUUAGGUUCCGCAGGAUAUGGAAUAACGAAGAAUGGAUUGAAUCUGUGCAAGCGCUGGCAGAAGAUCGAGGAGGUUGGAGGAAAGCAGAGCUAUGUUCAAGGACGGCACACCUCAGCGGAGAUGCGGGUAAUCUCGUCAGGCGAUGACAUCAGCCCGCCGAUUAAAUUACUGAUUACCACUUGGCCGGAGCUUGCAUCGAAGUCGAAGGAGGAAUUCUGCGAAUGGCUCGCUGAUCAUGAAUUGCUGAUGUAG